CUGCCGGGAGAGGGCGGGACAACAGGAAGUAAACACUGACGGACUGAUCUCGUCUCUGUCGGGAGCCUUUGGGGUCGGCUGUGGCCGGACUGGAGGGGUCCAGAUAACCAUGUCAGCUGCAGCUGUAGAUGCAGUUAAUGCGGCCCCCCUGUCGGGGUCCAAAGAAAUGAGUCUGGAGGAACCAAAGAAGAUGACCAGAGAGGACUGGAGAAAGAAGAAGGAGUUGGAAGAGCAGCGGAAACUGGGUAAUGCUCCUGCAGAAGUUGAUGAAGAAGGAAAAGACAUCAACCCUCAUAUACCUCAGUAUAUUUCUUCAGUGCCAUGGUAUAUUGAUCCAUCAAAAAGACCUACUUUAAAGCACCAGAGACCACAACCAGAGAAACAGAAGCAAUACAGCUCAUCUGGAGAAUGGUACAAGAGGGGUGUAAAAGAGAAUUCUAUAACUACUAAGUACCGCAAGGGAGCAUGUGAAAAUUGUGGGGCCAUGACACACAAAAAGAAAGACUGCUUUGAGAGACCUAGGCGAGUUGGAGCAAAAUUUACAGGUACUAAUAUAGCUCCAGAUGAGCAUGUCCAGCCCCAGCUGAUGUUUGACUAUGAUGGGAAGAGGGACCGGUGGAAUGGCUACAAUCCAGAGGAACACAUGAAAAUUGUAGAAGAAUACGCCAAAGUUGAUCUGGCAAAACGAACACUGAAAGCCCAGAAACUCCAAGAAGAAUUAGCCUCAGGGAAAUUAGUGGAACAAGCUAAUUCUCCAAAACACCAGUGGGGAGAAGAGGAACCAAAUUCUCAAACGGAAAAAGAUCAUAAUAGUGAAGAUGAGGAUGAAGAUAAAUACGCAGAUGACAUUGACAUGCCUGGACAGAACUUUGACUCUAAGAGGCGGAUUACUGUCCGGAAUCUCAGGAUUCGAGAAGAUAUUGCAAAAUAUUUGCGGAAUUUAGAUCCAAAUUCUGCUUACUAUGAUCCCAAAACUAGAGCGAUGAGAGAGAAUCCCUAUGCCAAUGCAGGAAAGAAUCCAGAUGAAGUGAGCUAUGCAGGGGAUAACUUCGUUAGAUACACAGGAGAUACCAUUUCAAUGGCUCAGACACAGUUGUUUGCUUGGGAAGCCUAUGACAAGGGAUCUGAAGUGCAUCUGCAGGCCGAUCCUACAAAACUAGAGCUGUUGUACAAGUCCUUCAAAGUCAAAAAAGAAGACUUCAAGGAACAGCAGAAAGAAAGCAUCCUGGAAAAGUAUGGUGGCCAAGAACAUUUGGAUGCCCCUCCAGCUGAAUUGCUUUUAGCUCAGACUGAAGACUAUGUGGAGUACUCAAGACAUGGGACAGUCAUCAAAGGACAGGAGAGGGCUGUCGCCUGCUCUAAGUAUGAGGAGGAUGUGAAGAUCCACAAUCACACACAUAUCUGGGGAUCUUACUGGAAAGAAGGCCGAUGGGGAUACAAAUGCUGUCACUCCUUUUUCAAGUAUUCCUAUUGCACUGGAGAAGCUGGGAAGGAGAUUGCUAAUUCAGAGGAAUGUAUUAUAAAUGAUAUAACUGGAGAAGAAUCUGUAAAAAAACCUCAAACGCUCAUGGAGAUGCAUCAGGAAAAACUAAAAGAAGAUAAAAAGAAGAAAAAGAAGAAGAAGAAGAAGCAUCGAAAGAGCAGUUCAGAUAGUGAUGAUGAAGAAAAGAAACAUGAAAAAUUGAAAAAGGCCCUGAAUGCAGAGGAAGCCCGCCUUCUUCACGUCAAGGAGAUUAUGCAGAUUGAUGAGAGGAAGCGGCCUUACAAUAGCAUAUAUGAAACUCGGGAACCCACUGAAGAGGAAAUGGAGGCCUAUAGAAUGAAACGUCAGAGGCCGGAUGACCCCAUGGCCUCCUUCCUUGGACAGUAGUAGCUAGUUAUAGACUGUCACCCAAGAUAGACACAUAGAUACAUUCUUUUCAGCUUCUUGCUGAUAAUUGUAGGUGGAAAACCCCUUGACUACUCUUUUUGCUGCCUGACUUUAAUAAAGCUUCCAGAAGUC